CUAAAUAAAACAUAUCACGAAUAUGAGGCAGGCUGUGCGUAAACAGUUGAAUUAUACCUACCUAGCUAACUUAUUGGUUAAUUACGAAAAGUAAUAUUGGUUAAGACUUUAGAAACAAAAGCAAGUAAUUACGAUCGGUUACAUAGUAAAAUAAUAAUAAGUUUUUUUUAUUUAUUUAGAAAGGGUAAAAGAAUAAGUUGAGGGUUUCUGUAGGAUGAUAGUAACGUUUAUUUGGUUUUGAAUUGAUUUCUGGAUGAGUGAGUUUCUUAUAGUAUUAUUUUUUAUUUUUUUCAUUAGGAAGUGAAUUUGGUAUUAUAUUUUCUUUUUACAUUUUCCCUUUUCUCCAAAGGAUGUAAUUUUUUUCUUUGAUGAUAUAUUUAAAGGAAAAGUAUAAGGUAAAAUUAAUAUCCCUCAAGAUUUAUAAAAUUCUCAAAUAUGUUUUUAUUUUCAUUGAUACAGAAUAAUAAUAAUAAUAAAUAAAAUAUCAUUUUAAUAAUUUUAAAAGAAUACUAAAUCCAAAAGUAGAUUUGAGUAGAUUUUGUAAAGAUGUUAUUAUGAUUUUAAGAUGAUUUGAAGAAAUUUCAGGAUAUUUCUAAAAGAAUGAUAAUUUCCAUUUUUCUUCUAUUUCUUAGUUCAUGAAUUAUAUAAAACGUACAAACAUUAUUUAUUUUAUUUUAUUAUUCAUUUUACCCAAUGAAAUCUUGAUCAAACAUGAUAAAAAGAAAUAAGUGAUCACGAAAAGUAGUCAUUGACUAUCCUGAUAUAUCAGUUUUGACAGGAUGUAAUCGGUACAGUCAAUAUAACUUACCAUGUUUACAAAUUACAUAUAUACAACAUACACCUGCCGAAGUAUAAUGUAUAUAAUUAAUUUCAUAAAGAUACUUACUGUUUAAAUUAAACAAAUUAAUGGGUCAGAAGAACAAAGGAAUCCAUAAUAUCCAUUUUCCUAGGAUAAAGACCAAAAAAGUAACGAUUGUAUAAAUAAAAACCGUUUUAUUUUCAUAUCUCCUUUAUAAGAGGAGCUAGGUAGAGAGAGCUCUCUAUAAAAACAUAAUCACCAGCAGUAACCAACGUAGUCUUCCUCAUUCUCCGGUGUGUAGAAAACCUUUUUUUUAAUUAUUUUCAGGCAUGGGAGACGAUAAGAGAGAUCAAAAGCCAUAUUCAUACGAGAAAGCCAAAACGUUUUCAUGUAACUCACAUUCUUCGUCUUUGUUUAGGCUCAUCUCAAAGCUAGUCUUAACUUUCGCCGUUAUAUUCUGCAUCCAAUUCGUUUUCUACUCAUACGAUUUCACCUCCUAUACUCCACCUCGAUCUCUCAUGAAAAUCGCGGUUUCGCCAGUCGGAUCCGGAUCCGGAUCUUACACGAGUCCAAAACCUGAAGACACGGAGAUAAAACACGUGGUGUUCGGGAUCGCUGCGUCUGCGAAGCUCUGGAAACGCAGAAGAGACUACGUGAAGCUCUGGUGGAAACCCAACGGGGAAAUGAACGGCGUCGUUUGGUUAGACAAACACAUUGACGACAACGACACCGUUUCCGCCGGUCUCCCUCCUAUCAAAAUAUCUUCCGACACGUCAAGGUUCGAGUACACAUACCCAAAGGGCAACAGAGCAGCGCUGAGACUCACGCGAAUCGUGUCCGAGACAGUGAGGCUUUUAAACGGAACAGAGUCUGAGAGAAACGUGAGGUGGAUUGUGAUGGGAGACGACGACACCGUGUUUUUCACGGAGAAUCUUGUUAGUGUUCUGAGAAAAUACGAUCACAGCCAGUUCUAUUACAUUGGGAGCUCGUCGGAGAGUCACAUUCAGAAUCUGAAGUUCUCCUACGGGAUGGCUUACGGUGGAGGAGGAUUCGCCAUUAGCUACCCCUUGGCUAAGGCGUUGGAGAAGAUGCAAGAUCGUUGUAUUCAGAGAUAUCCCGAAUUGUACGGCUCCGACGAUCGGAUUCACGCUUGUAUGGCGGAGCUUGGUGUUCCUUUGACUAGAGAAGUUGGUUUUCAUCAGUUUGAUAUAUAUGGGAAACUACUGGGCCUGUUAUCAGCCCAUCCAUUAGCUCCAAUUGUCUCCAUGCAUCAUCUAGACAUAGUGGAUCCAGUAUUCCCAAACAUGGGUCGAGUCAACGCCAUGAAACGUCUCAUGGCUCCAGCCAAACUGGAUUCAGCGAGCCUCACUCAGCAAUCAGUUUGUUAUGACACUACACACCGUUGGACUGUGUCUGUGUCAUGGGGAUACACAGUUCAGAUUAUACGUGGUCUAUUGUCAGCGAGAGAGAUGGAGAUCCCGACACGCACAUUUAUAGAUUGGUACAAGCACGGAGACGGCAAAAGCUACGCUUUUAACACACGUCUUUUCAGCAAAAGCACGUGUCAACGUCCACGCGUGUACUUCCUCUCCAAUGCGCUUCCUGAUUCGGCCUUACACAGAACUGCAAGCGAGUACGUGAGGUGGUAUGACAUGUGGGAUCUUGAAUGUGAUUGGGAAGUAUCGGAUCCUUCUGAUAUCGAACGGGUUAUAGUUUAUAAAAAACUCGUUCCCGAUAGAUGGAACAAAAAUAAGGCUCCGAGAAGAGAUUGUUGUAGAAUAUUGCCUACGAAAAAGAAUGGGACGAUGGUGAUUGAUGUUGGAGCUUGUGAAGAUGAUGAAAUUGUUGAAUUCUCUGUCAAAUAGUGUAUUUUUUUUCUAUUAUUGGUUUGGUCUCACUACCAUAUCUUAGUGUAACUUUCACACAAAGCUAUAGAGAAGAACUACUUUCGGAAUUUCCAACUGAUGCAUGUAUGAUAUUGAUAUUAUUUCAAGUUA